AUGGCUGUCCAACGUAUGCUCGUCGGCGCCGGCGCCCUCCUGGUCGCCCUCGGCAGCGCCCAGGCCCACGCCAUGGGCGUCAAGGCCAACAACAACGGCCUCGAGGCCCGCCACGACGACACGUGCAAGCCCACCGCGACAGUGACCUGCACCGUCAUCGAGAAGGAGAUCGUCACGGUGCGCGAGUACUACACCGUCACGGCCACGGGCGCCGCCGCGUGCAACGUGACGACCUCGUACAGCGCCACCACCCUGCCGACGUCCAUGGUUACCACCUCGAGUUCGAGCUCAAGCUCUAGCUCCAGCUCCAGCUCCGUCUCCAGCACCUCCGAGACGUCACCGACCUCCUCCGCCCCCUCGUCCACCCCGACCGCCUGCUCCGCGCCCGUCUCGUGCGGCAACCUCGGCUUCGACUGGGCCUACUACAACAACACGGCCCGCAACACGGACGAGACCUACUCCGCCUUCCGGCCCGACACCUUCAAGAGGGUCCGGCCGCUCUACGUCGGCACGUCCGACCGCGUGGGCGGCACGUACUCGGCCGAGGACGGCACGCAGUCGCGCACGGGGCCCAUCUACGGCUCGGCCGUCAGGAGCCUCAAGCUCGACUUCUUCGCGCUCAACCACCACGCCUACAUCUACGCCUGCGAGGCCGGCACGUACCGCGUCGACGUCCCCUACGCCAACGACGCCGUCUACCUGUGGGUCGGGGCCAAGGCGUACGCCGGCUGGGCGGACGGCAACGCCGACGCCAAGGCGCGGUACAACCAGCCCGACCACAUCGCCGGCCGGGCCUCGUUCAAGUUCGACAUCCCCGCCGACACCUACGUGCCCAUCCGGUUCGUGUACGGGCAGGCGCAGUACGGAGGGGGGUUCAGCUUCAACGUCACGGCGCCGUCGGGCCAGGUCAUUGUCAGCGACGCGGCGAGCGACAGCCCCUACGUGGUCAGGAGGUCGUGUGACGGGGUCAUCGCGCCGGCGUAUCCCCCGUUCGGCGCGGAGAUUUAG